UCCUCGGGUCUGCGCUCUCUUAUUAACGGGUUCCUCUUUUUUUGUUUAAAUCAUGUAUAUACGUAUUUAAUUGAUGUAAGCAGUUAAUUAAAAUUUUUUUUAAUUAGGUUGUUGAUUUGUUGCCAGUGCGCGCGUGUCUGCUUGCGCGUAUAAGCGCGCGUGAGAAAAGUCUACCGUGGAAGCGGAGUGGCGGAGAGUCGCGCGCGCGGAAACGGUGCCGGUUAUGUAAGCAGGCGCUCGCGAGUGGAACGGGUCAGACCCUGAGCGACUCCGGUGUGUGUGUGUGUGUGUGUGUCAAGAUCAGCUCGUCUCGCGCUCCGGUCCUCCUGACUCAAUGGACAUAAAGAGGUGACCACCAAAGAUGUUAGCAUCCCAGUGCCACGUUCAUAAGCCAACCGUUUCCAGAUGAUCCGCUAACUGAUAGCAUGGAGACCUCAGCCAGCUGGUGAGGACAAGAAAAGCAACUCGAGCGACCUGCUAGUCAUCACUGGUUUGGUGGAGGGACAGAAAGCUCCAAGGGUCUGCCAAGUGUACCAGCUUUUACUGGAUGCAAAUGGGAACCCACAGCCUCCACAGACGGCCUGCGUAGGAGAGGGAGCGAGCAUGGACAAGCUUUCCGAAUUUGGUGUCCUUUGUCCGUCCAGUGGGAGGGAAUGGGAAACCAGCAGCUGUGUGGACGAUUUUUUUGACGAAGAUGAGAAGGACAGGGCUAAAAGGGCCUCCCGGAAUAAAUCCGAGAAGAAAAGGCGAGACCAGUUCAAUGUGCUCAUUAAGGAGCUGUGCACCAUGCUGCAAGGCCAAGGCUACCCGCGCAAAAUGGACAAGUCCACCAUCCUGCAGAGGACCAUCAACUUCCUGCAAAAACAGAAAGAGAUCACGGCGCAGACGGAUACCUGUGAGAUCCAGCAGGACUGGAAGCCUUCCUUUCUCAGCAACGAGGAAUUUACACAGUUGAUGUUGGAGGCACUGGAUGGUUUCCUGAUUGCGCUCAAGCUGGACGGGAACAUCAUCUAUGUCUCUGACAGCGUCUCCUCCCUUAUUGGACAUUUACCUUCUGACAUGGUGGACCAGAACAUCCUGAACUUCCUGCCUGAGCGUGAACAUGCUGAGGUCUACAAACUUCUCUCAGCACACCUGCUUAUGAGUGACUCCAUCACUACAGACUACCUGGAGGGCAAUGAGACCCAUGUCGAGUUCUGCUGCCACUUAGUCCGAGGGAACAUUGACCCAAAAGACGCUCCCACGUACGAAUAUGUCAAAUUUGUCGGAGACUUCAAGCUCCAGAACAGUGUGCCUGUGUCACCAUGUAACAGCUAUGAGUUGAUGUUCCCGCGUCCAGUGCAGACUUCACUGGAGGACCAGACGUGUUUAGUGGCAACAGUCCGACUGGUCACACCACAGUUCCUAAAGGACUUGUGCAACGUGGAAGACCCAUGUGAUGAAUUCACAUCGAGACACAGCCUAGAGUGGAAGUUCCUCUUUUUAGACCACAGAGCCUCGCCCAUCAUCGGCUACCUGCCGUUUGAGGUGUUGGGGACGUCGGGAUACGAUUAUUACCACGUGGACGAUUUGGAGCUCAUCGCCCAGUGCCACAAGCAGCUGAUGCAGUGUGGAAAAGGAAAGUCGUGUUAUUAUCGCUUCCUGACUAAAGGGCAGCAAUGGAUCUGGCUGCAGACGCACUACUACAUCACCUACCACCAGUGGAACUCCAAACCCGAGUUCAUCGUCUGCACACACACUGUGGUCAGUUACGCUGAAGUGCGGGCGGAGAGGAGGAGAGAGUACGGGCUGGAGGAGAGCUCUGAUAUGUGCACCAACUCGGUAAAGGGGCAGGACGUGUGUCUGGACGUGUGCACUCCUGUGGACGUGCAGCGAGACCGAAUCAGUAGCGCUCGAUCAGCUUCCUCACACAGCUCACGCAAAUCCACACACACAGCACCGUCUGACUCGGCAUCAAACUCUUCAGUCCGAUAUAAAGAAAGCUGCACGUCGUCGCGGCAAUCAGCGUCUGUAGCAGCUGAGAACUCUAACAGACUGAGCCAUGGAGCCUCGAAGACGCUGAUUCAGAGACAGGCCUCAGUGGAGCCCCUCCCCCCCUCACCCUCCUGCAGCCAAGCCUCAGUCACGCACCAGGCGGUGUGUACAGGUCUCCCUCAGCCUCAGUUAGGAGUGAUGCACCAGCUGACGGAGCAUCUGGAGAAGAGGAGACUCAUCCUGCAGCACGACAUCAAAACCCAGCAACAGGAACUCCAUGACAUCAAAGAGAAACUCCAGCUGACCAACAUGCAGAUGUUGCUGCAGCAGCCAGUGCAGGUGGAUUUUCCUCAGCAGGCUUCGGCCCCGAGCAGCCAGUCAGGAGUCCUGCAUCACAACACACACCCACACUGCACACCACACACAGCCUCGUCUCACACACUGCACCGAGAGCAGCCCAGCAGCUCCACCACACAGCAGAGGCUGGUGCAGAUGCAGAGCGUGUGUGUCCCGGUCCAAACACACACCAGCCUGACGAUGCCGCUCUACAGCAACCCCAUGAUGUUCUCAUCGAACCAGGGAUACCGCAACACACCGGACACACACACGCACCAUGCGCAACACACACAGCGGCAAACAGACACAGACAGCGGGCCUGACGGACAGCUACGGAUGCUGUUAAACCAGCCGGUGCAGAAUCUGGUUCCAGACAGCAGUGGAACACCGACAUCACACUGUAGCAGCACCAUCCAGCAAACCAAAUACUUGGACCAGCAGAUGAUGGCCCCCUCGUUCCCCAUGCAGCAGGUCAGCUGUAACACCCUUCUAGUCCCCUCCCCCGUCUUCUCAUCACCAAUCGUCAUCUCCCACAACAGUUUCAUCACCCCCCGGGCCCCGCCCACCUACACGCCCCACCCUCAGAACGCGCACCAGGGCGUACACAUCCAACAGCAUCAGCAGUUCUUUCAGAUGCAGCCGCAGGGUCUCAUUCAGAGCGGACAAACUCAAGCCUUUUUCCAGACACACAUCCAGCCGCAAAGCACUGUGGGAUACAUACAGCACCAACAGCCACAACAACAACAACAACAACCACUACCACCACCGCAGCAGCAGCAGCAACACCUUCAUUCCCAGUCUUCGGCGAACAACCUAUCAGAUUACCGAAACAUACUUCCACGGUAGCCCCGCCCCUCUGCGGGAGGGCCAGAAAGGCUGCUGGGAUAGCGGAUGAAGCGGAUGGCUCUGAGGAAAGGAUGCUGGGAAGAGCAGAUCGCGUGAAAUUUAUUAAUCACGCCAAGCCUAAGAAAUACCAAAGCAAAAUCCCCUCUGUGCCGCAAAAAAAAGGAUGUACGGCGAGUCGAGUCAAGAAGCUCCUGGGGCUAGCUGGGGCUCACAGCAAAGCCACGCCCCCUGACCCUCAACGGAGGCGUCAUGAGCUAUCUGGUGGAGCCAAGAGAGAAUCUUUCGGGGCGACUCGGAAGAAAAGAAGCGCUUUCGUAAAAACGUAAAGUUUUAUAAAUCAUGGGUUUGUCUAGUUUUUCUCUGUCAUGCUUCGUUUCUUUUUUUCAUGCGGUUGUGCUCGACGUUGUGAUGUUGGCAAAGACAAACAAAAAAACUAAAUAUAUUUAAGUUACACUUGUACAGCUGAGUGGAGCAAAGCUAGGAUUGGUGAAGCGAAGUGGGCGGGGCUGCAUGACACUACGAAGGUAAAGUCAGGUGCACGUUUGUUCUUAAGCGAAUGAGAAGCAAACAUGACAAAGUCUACGCAGGAAAUGAAAUUCUAAUGACGUGUUUGAGAAGCGACGAAAAAAAUGUCGGGAUCGCCGGUCGUAUCUGAUUAGCAAGCUAGCAACACCCCGUAGCCGCAUAAAGUUUUUAAGGCGAUUAGCGUGAAAAAUUGCAGAACGUGGUGUGUUCGCUCUGUGUAGCCGUUUACGCGCACUAAAAGUAUUUAUUAAGCUGGAGAAUUUAAACUGCUUGGAACGUGUUAAAAUUUUGAGUGUCGCUAAGUUUUUAUGCUAGGUGCUGUAAGGAAAUCACAGCGCUAAUCUCAAACUAAAACGAGACGGUCAGCGACCUGGUGAUGAUGGAGGGUGAAGAAAACCGACAAAAUCACAGGAUUCAUCUGAGAGGAGUCGUACUCUUCAGAAUGAUUCAUUCGCUGACUGUUUACCUGAGUAAAUCCAUAAUAGAGUGGUUCCUUUAAAAUAAAAACAAACUGCCUCAAAAUGAUCCAUUUAAGAACGAUUCAAUUCAUGUCAAACAGGAUGAUUCAUAUGAGAACGUUUGAGCUCAAAACCAUUCUUAAAAUGAUUCAUCUGAGAAGACCUGAGCUCAGAAUGAUUCAUUUGAAAUGACUCACCUUGACAAAUUAAUUGUUAGAUCGAUUCUUACAUUAGAAAAAAUGCAAACAGAAUGAUUCAUUUAAGAUGAGUUGAGUUUGGAAAGAUUAAAUUAAGAUUCAUUUGUGAAUCCAUAAUAGAGUGAUCUGUCCAAGAACAGUUAACCCGAGAAGGUGGAUCCUAAAUGAUUCAUUUGAGAGUGAUUCAAGUCAUGUCAAAAAGAACGAUUCAUCUCGUGAAAAUCUAAUCAGAGUGAUUCAUGGGUAAACGAGUCAAUCAGAUGGAUUCCCCCUAACGAAUAUUCGUUAUUAAAAUUUUAAUAUUAAAAUGAUUCCUAUGUUCAACGAUGCAAACAGAACGAUUCAUUGGCUCACAGUUCACUUAUAUAAUAGCGUGAUUUGUCUAAAAACAGUUAAAGGUGCAGAGGAGGUGGAUCUCGAUAUGAUUCCUUUAAUGUACGUCAAAGAGAACGAUACACCUGAGAAGAGUUGAUCUCGAAAUGAUUCAUAUGUUGCACGAGUCAAACGGAAUGAUUCAUAGGCUCAGAGCUCAACUCAAUGAAUCUAUAAGAGAGUGAGUUUUCUAAAACAGUUAACCGAGGGGGCGGAUCUCAAAAUAAUUCAUUUACGGACGAUUCAAUUUCAAAACUUUAAAAAUAAUGAUUAA